UCCAACUUAUCUCUCCCAUCCAAGUAGCGCGGCGACGAUUCAAAGAAAACUCUAGGGGCACUGUCGCUGGGUUAACCGUAUUAGAAUUCAAUGAAGUACCCACGUUCCAUAUUCUUAAUAAUUGCAACCGAAUUUUGUGAGCGUCUAUCUUUUUGUGGAUUGAGAACAAUUUUGUCUCUUUAUCUACGCAAUGUAUUGUUAUUUCAAGAAAACGAGGCUACAAUAAUUUACCAUAUUUUUAUAAUGUUCUGUUAUCUGGUGCCAGUAAUUGGAGCAAUUCUUGCAGACAGUUUUUUCGGAAGAUUUAGAACAAUUUUAUAUUUCUCAGUAGUAUACAUCAUAGGGAAUAUCCUGAUGUGCAUUGCUGCCACUCCGCCCAUUUCAUUUUGGCCUAUAUGUAUGACAUUUAUUGGAUUACUUUUUAUCGCGUCUGGAACUGGAGGAAUUAAGCCAUGUGUCGCAGCGUUCGGUGGAGAUCAGUUUCAUUUGCCAAAAGAAGAAAAAUAUCUGCAAAAAUUUUUUUCCAUAUUUUAUUUCACAAUUAACUUUGGAGGAUUUCUGGGAAUGAUAUUGAUUCCAGCUUUAAACACAACCAUCACCUGUUUUGGUGAUGAUACUUGCUAUGCUCUAGGUUUUGGAUUUCCUGCAACCUUAAUGAUAAUUGCAUUAUUACUCUUUCGGCUUGGAAGACCUCAUUAUCGCUUGAAAUACCCUAAAGAAAAUAUAAUACUCAGUUUCUUCAGUUGUAUUUUCUACGCUGUCAAAAAAUCCUGCAAAAGUAGAAAAAAUGAUGAAGAUAAAGAACAUUGGUUGGAUAAUGCUCAAGAUAAAUUUCCAGAAAAUUUUAUUGCUGAUAUAAAAAGAGUCCUUGCAGUUUUAUAUCUAUACAUCCCUCUUCCUUUAUUUUGGAGCCUAUUUGACCAACAGGGCUCACGUUGGACAUUUCAAGCGUCAAGGAUGAAUGGGUACAUCUGGGGGAUACAAUUGUUGCCAGAUCAGAUCCAGGUUAUAAACCCAGCAAUAGUUCUUUUUUUGAUUCCACUUUUUGAUAAAGGCAUAUAUCCCAGAAUUUUAAAAAACUGCAAAUUGCACUCUUCUUUAAAUCGAAUGUUCAUCGGAGGCAUUUUUGCUGGAUUGGCAUUUGUCAUCAGUGGCCUCUUAGAAUUAAAAUUAGAGAAAAUGUAUCCAGAUUUUGUUGGAAAAGGAGAAGCCUCUGUCAAUUUCAUCAAUACUUUAGAUUGCGAUAUUGGAUGCAAGGGAUCUUUUUUUCCAGACUUCACUUUAAAUAAAGGGGAGAAAAAAGUUGUCAAUCUGACUGCCCAGAAUUUUUCCUCGUACAAUGUUUAUAUUGAAGCACCUUUUGAUUGUUGGAAAUCGGAAUUGAUCAAUCUAACUCUGAGUACCUACGUAAAAGCAAAAGAACUUCAGGUUGAUACGUUUUUAAUUGGAAUCGUUGAAAAGAAAAUUAUUAUCUUUGAAACUGAACCAGAUUCAUAUUCAAAAAGUCGCAGUGGUCGUCCAAAAUUACGGUUUAUUUUUAUGAGAGAUUCUAAUAGCAGCAAUAAUGUGAUGAUCGUAUUGAAAAAUAAAAAGAAACUUGAAGAUAAAUAUCUCGUGCCUGAUGGAAAGCUUCUGUCAGAGUCAGCUUAUAUUGAAUUAGAACCAGGCUUUUUACAGUACACAAUUUCAAAUGGUAUAGAUCCAGGUGUGAGUCAUCAAACUUCAAAAAAAUUAGAUUUAGGUGGAGUUUACAUUAUUGUUAUCAGAGUUCAAAAUCGACAUGUCGUUUUUCAUAAACUAUUUACGAUGACACCACCCAAUGAGAUUCACAUGCUAUGGAUUUUACCCCAAUAUCUAUUGAUUUCUAUUGCAGAAGUUAUGUUUGCUAUUUCUGGGCUAGAAUUUUCAUUCACCCAGGCACCGAGCAGCAUGAAAACUGUCACAAUCGCUGCUUGGUAUGUCAGUGUGGCUAUGGGUAAUUUUUUGAUAAUAAUUGUGAUUCAAGCUCAUCUUUUCAAAAGCCAAGCCAAUGAAUUUUUUUUAUUUGCUGGAUUAAUUUUACUGACCAUGCUGAUAUUUGGCGCUAUGGUAAGAAGAUAUCAGUUUGUUCUAAUGGAGGCAGAUUCGAGUGUUGAACUAUUUUCAGUUUUUCUGAAUCGAGAACAAGAAGCUUCUCCUUUGAUAAAAGUUACAAAUAAUAAAAGAUUGAGUCACGAAUAUUCAGUUACAUUCUCGAAUUCUUCAAUAUCUACUUCCUCAGUUUCAGAUUCGUAAAAAAAUAUUUCUUGUAAUCGAGGAAAAUCUCAAUUUAUGAAAGAAUUUACUCACGAAGACAAUAUUAAAUUACGAUAAGAUAAGCAGGAUAUAAUCUUGUGGACCACUUUUCCUCAAUAGUUUGAAUUCGCAUAAGGAAUUGAAUUACGGUUUCUCCUUGACACAAAAUUACAUAAUUUGACUUCGGACAGUGAAAGUUCUUUUAUAGCGAAAUUAUGCUAGGUAUAAAUCAAAGUGAAAAGUACAAUUUAAAUAUUUGAAUGAAUU